AGCAUCACAUAUUCAUAUAUGAAUUAAUUGCUUCCAGAUAGUGCUGGUUCUUGGAACCAAGCUCCAAGUAAUUGUUGCAAGAAUGGCACUUAAAAUCCAAGAAGAGAGUAGUGUAAUCAAAGGAGCCCCUUUGGUACAACCCAAUGAUGAUCUCUUCUGGUUCAGUCACCCAAAAUUUGUCCUCACUCUUAUGCAUUACACUUUGUUUAUGAAUGCAUUUGAGUUCUCAUUCUUUAUCUGGGUCACGUGGCAAUUUGGGAUAAAUUCUUGCUACCACGAGCACACAGAAAUCAUUGUUACAAGGGUUGUAUUAGCGGUGACAGUUCAAGUCAUGUCUAGUUACAUUACUCUUCCCUUAUAUGCUCUUGUGACUCAGAUGGGAUCAAAUUUCAAGAGUACAGUGUUGGAGAAAGAAACAGCAAAUACCAUAAAACAAUGGCAUGCCGUUGUGAGGCAGAAGAGGAAAAAACAAGAAUCAUCCAACGGUCAUGACUCUUCAUCGAGAGGUAGUAGCAGCAGCAACAGAACUGCAGGUUACUCUGAUUUUCCUUCUCAUCUACAUCGUAUGCCAACUGUUGCGGAAACAUCUACCUUUCCUGCAAAACAUGAGAUUCUUGAAGAAGAUAAUCGAUUAACUCACCAAGGCGCUGGCUCUUCUUCUUGCGUGGAAAUUGAAAUACCCAAUGUCACAUUCUCUAACAGGUUAUCAGAUGAAAUAACAAGUGGUAAGAGUAUGAUGUAAAGUUGAUUUUCUUCUUCUUUAAGGAAAUAGAAAUAUCCAAUGCCACAGUCUCAAUCUCAACCAAAUUAUAUGAUCAUAGUUUAGUUUGGAACCUGCAGCACGUGGUGCAUGUAUGAUGUUCAUAUUUCACUUUAACAUUAAUAGGUGUUACAUCAUUAAUUGUUUGAAUGUUAUAUAUAGUUAUAUUUGUUUAAUAUUAUGUUAUGAUAAUAAAAUUAUAAUUUACGU